AAGGUUACCAUUGAUUGCCUUUCCUUUCCUCGUUGCCCGGGAAACAUCUUGCAAGCUUUUCGUUCCAUGGUUUUAACUGCAGCAACCACCCUUAAGAAAACUUCAGACGCCUGUCACAAACUGGACGUCAGUAUCCUGGAACGUUACGUCAAAGGUUGGUUUAAUUAUCAUUGUAUAUCUAUUAUGUAAUAUGCAUUAUGUUAAAAAGUCGAUUCCUGGAUUUCCUUCCUACAAGUAAGUUGUGUGCCCUUAUGCAUAGCUCAUAAACAUUAUUAAAACUAAUUUUAAACAAAAUAUGGUAAUUUCUCUCGAUGUGAAAAACGCGCCUAGUUUAGUUAGAUCAAUUUUUUGUUUAUGUAGCUAAAAUAGAUGUCUAUAAAUUUCUCACUGUGAAAAUUUGGCAAGAGCUGCUGAAAACUGUUAUAUGUAUUCGAAACACGGGGGUCGCCAGAAUAGUUUAUUAAUUUACUGAUUUAUUUAUUUUGAGUUCCCACGAUCGCAUGUGAAAACAACGAAAAAGUUGAAGAUGUAUGUGGUAGGAGUUGCAAAUGUCAGGAUGGGAGCCACAUAUCUUGCUACAGAGUAAGAAAAGAGUUCACUAAAAUGAGCGUUGAAGAACGAAUGCGCUUCAUAAAAGCCUUCAAACUGGCUUCGUCUGAUGCACGAUACACAGGUGAAUAUGACAAAAUAACGAACAUUCACUUAAGAAUCCCAAGCAAGUUACUCCAUCACAUGCCUCAGAUAUUCCUACCAUGGCACAGAUGGUAUCUGCUUGAAUUUGAAAACUUUCUUCGCCAAAUCGACUGCCGGAUUACAAUUCCUUACUGGAAUUGGAGCAAAGACGCGGAACACUGGACCCGAGGCUAUAAAAUGGAGGAUACAUGGAACCCAGGUCCUCACGGUCUGGGAGGCAAUGGAGUUCUCCCUGAUAACUGCGUAAUUGAAGGCCCAUUUCAGAAGGGUGAAUUCUCGUUACCACAGGCUGCGGGUGGUGGUUGCUUGAAAAGAAAUUUUAAUAAUUCUUGCAACCCACCAAACGCAGACUAUGCCCAAAACCUUGUCAUACAGGAAAAUUUUACUGUUUUUGAGAAAACAAUUCGCGAGAUUUUCCACUCAAAAUUUCACGAUUGCGUGGGUGAAAGCAUGUAUUGUUUUUUGACGGCCGCGUACACUCCGGAAUUCUGGCUUCACCAUGGGUUUAUCGACAAACUUUGGGCGGACUGGCAAAAGAAGAAAGGUAACAAAUUUGAGUAUUAUCCUGAAAUCAGCUUUAUAAUGCCGGGGUCUGAUAGGUUUCCGUGGGAAUAUCUUGAUGUUGACCAGUUACCUGGCGAUGUACGAGUGUUGUACGAAGAUUAA